AUGAGCUGCAAUUCUUCAGUACAUGGUCAAUGGUUAUGCCGUCGUUGUUUUCUUUCACCCUCGAAGUCAGUUCAAUGCGUUCUAUGUCCGAAUCGUUUCGGUGCUUUUAAACAAGUGGAUGAUGGCGAACGCUGGGCACAUGUCGUCUGUGCUAUAUGGAUACCUGAAGUUCACUUUGCCAAUACUGUUUUCCUCGAACCUAUAUGCAAUAUCAAUCAGAUACCGACAGCACGUUGGCGAUUCACAUGUUACAUCUGCAAACAAAAGAAUGUCGGCGCAUGUAUCCAAUGUGCAAUUCGAUCAUGUUGUACAUCGUUUCAUGUGACAUGUGCUCAGCAAGCUGGUCUCUACAUGGAAAUCGAUGAGAAUGACGAGAACGAAUCGGUUGCUAAUGAAGAUGUAUCAAAUAGUGCAUCGACGAAUAAGUACAAGAAACAACCACCAAAAGGAUCGACACGUUCACCACCACCGAUUCGAAGACGUGCGUACUGUCAUCAUCAUACUCCAAUAGAAAUGAUCCGAUCGAAAACAAAAGGACGAACUAAAAGAGAUGAAAGUGAAGAGGAAGCACUAGAACGUAUACAAAAAGAACGUAUGAAAACGGCACGAAAGAUUCUAGCUGAACGACGAAAAUGUGACCGUUCUGUAUCUGUACCCGUCGUACCAAAAGAAAAAAUGGAGGCUGUAUUGAGUAAAGUCACUUUUUCGGACCGUGAUAACUUUUUCAAACGGAUUCAAGCCUAUUGGACGCUGAAACGUAUGUCGAGAAGUGGUGUACCAUUACUGAAACGCCUACAAAAUCAACGAUCAACAAAGAAAAAAUCCAAUCAAGGUCAAGAGUACACUGAUAAGCAAUUAUCUCAACAGAUGGUUCAAUGGCGUCGACUUCGACAAGAUCUAGAGCGAACACGACUUCUCGUUGAAUUAAUUCGUAAACGUGAAAAAUUGAAACGUGAUUUAAUUAAAAUUGAUCAACAAGUACUCGACUAUCAGAUACGUCCAUUAAAUGUCUUUCUUCAUCAUUUACUUGAACAAUUAGAACAUCUUGACGAUAAUCAUUAUUUCGCCAGUCCGGUUGACGAGACCGAAGUACCAACUUAUUAUAAAUUCAUCACGCAUCCAAUGGAUUUUUCUACUAUGAAGAAGAAAAUCGAUCGGGAUGAAUAUUCCAAUUUAGAUCAAUUCGAAAAUGACUUCGGUCUAAUCAUAAAAAACUGUCAUUUUUUCAAUGAAGCAAAAUCACCGUUCUAUAGAGCAGCAUCAAAACUACGUGAUAAAGGUCUGAAUGUAUUGAAACAAGCGCGACGAGUUUAUGAAACUACACAUUAUGAUUCGGAAACUGGUCAACUCAAAGAAGAAUCGGCUGCAGAAGAUCUGAACAACACAUUUGAAGACCGUCUGGAAGUUUUACUCGAACGAUUGAAAGAAUAUCAAGCGAUCGAACCACGAUCUAAACAUGUUGCUAAUUUGAAAAAACAAAUUGCUCAAGUACGUCGAACAAUAACAAAAAAUCUUUCAAGUUCAUCUGUAAAUAAUACAACUAACAAUGAUGAAUCGAUACCACUACGAACAAUGAACGAUGAAUCAAUGGAGACGAUUUCAUCGUUGUCACCUAAUGUUUCAUCGUUGAAUGUAACGAAAAAUCAAUCGGAACUAGUUGAUAUGCAAUCAACGUUGCAGAUUGAAAAGUCCAAACUAGUCGAAUCCAAAAACGAAUCAGAUGAUAAUAGCACUGAAUAG